GUUUGAACACUAUAUAUAUACAUGAAGGCUUCCAUUGAAGAUAAGGGGUUCAAAGAUCAUUUGAUAAGAUUUGAAGUCAUUUAGCAUGAUAUCGGGCGAGAUCGGGCGAAAUUCUCUAGCUACAGUCAAAGUGAUUGCUGCACAUAAGUUCAGGGCUGAUCUGCUUCUAAAUUCGACCGAAGCUAAGUUGUUGAAAAAAUUCUGGAAAUUGCUGAUGAUAGUUUCAGUCAAGAUGAAGCCCAGCUUGGGCGAAAAUGCUUUUUGCCGCUUAUUGCACUUCAUUUGCUUCUACCUUUCAAUAAUUCAUGAUGUAUAAAGUUUAUCAUUAGGUUUUGAGGGAAGUUAUCAUUUAUCAUUUCAUAGUUUUAGAAUCUUAACUUUCAUUUUUAUGCUUUUGGAAACCAUUUUUCUUAAUCUUGCUUUUAAUCUUAAACGUUGUUAAACGUUGUUUUCUCCAUUGAAAUUUCUCAUUUGUAGGUUUAUUGUUUUGUUUUCCAUCAAUCUUCGUCGGAACUUUAAUUAUUAAAGUAUUAUUGCACUUCAAUCUCUUAAUCAUGUUUAUUAUCAUUGUUUAUGUUUGUUUACAAAAUCUUAUUUCUUUCAUGAAAACAAUUAGUGAGUAGUUUUCUUUCUAGGGCUUAGUAUGAACCCUAAUAUGCAUUUGGAUUAGUUUAUUGAGGAAUUUGUUCGUUAUUGUUGUCUGGGGAUGAUUAAAUUGUUUAAAAUCCACUUAACUUAAAGUCUUUUAUACUUUUCAUAUUCCGAAAUACGAAAGUUGAGGUAAAUAUGUGUAUUAGUCUUAAGUGCAAAAUGUGUUGAACAUUUUUAUUGCCAUUCAAAAUCAUGAAAGUUGAGAGUUGGUUGUUAAUUGGUCUUAUUAAAGGUUGAAUUAAUCAAAAUCACAAAAGUUGAGAUUAAAAGAGAAUGUUAUUCAAUCCACGAUUAGUUUAUUAACAUUCCGAAAAUGAAUAAUUAACUCUUCACCUAAAGCCUAAUUAACUCUUAACUUAGUUUAGUUAAAACUCAGCAUAUUUGGUUGUUUGAUAGUCAUUGAUUAAACUAUAUUAUUCUUGAAACAUAACCUCCUUGUGCUUCGACCUCGUAAUUGUACUACAAUGCCCGUACACUUGCGGUAUUAAAAAUAAAGGUGAACAAUGUCAUAUCUGAGGUUCGGACUAAUAGAUGUUUACAUUGGAAAAUAAAAUUUUCGCCUUCUUAUUUUGAAUUUUUUUUUUAAAAAUAUUUUAUUCUAAUUUUCAAUUUAAUCCAAAGUGUUGAAUUAGGUUCAUGUUGAAUCUAGGGUAUUGUUCUAGUAACAAUUUAAAUUCCUAGUAACAAAAAUUUAAUUUUAAAUUAUCCUUUUAAUGAAGAGAUGUUUUUAGAAGGGCAAAUUGAGAUCAACAUUUUGGCAAGACCCAACGCAUCACCAUUGGUGAGAGAAGUAAUAGCACGAGAGAUCACCAAUCUGAAGAUGGGAAGAAUGACAGAAUUCACGCAAGAUCAAACUGCAACAUCGUCCUUGCUCGGUGAAUCUUUGCUUUUGACCACCAUGUCCAUUAUUGGUCUUCCUGUUGAAGUUCACAUCAUAGAUGGUUCAAUCUUUUCUGGAAUCUUCCACACUGCCUCUGUUGAAAACGGCUAUGGCAUUGCUUUGAAGAAAGCUAAGAUGAUAAAAAAGGGUACACAGAACGCAAAUGUGUCAAAUGGUGGCCUAAUAGACACCCUAGUGGUUCUUCCGGGAGAUCUUGUUCAAAUAGUUGCCAAGGGUGUCACGCUUCCAGCGGACUAUGCUCCUACUUGUGUUACUUGUGAUGAAGAAGGAACUGCUUCUCAAAACGGAGCUGUGUCUACCAAUGAGCAAAGGAAUCAAGAGAGACAGGUUGGGGUAGCCAUGCCUCAAGAAGAAGAAAAUGGUUACCAUUGUCAUGCUGAGGCUUUCAAGGAGGUUCCCAAAGCUAAUGGUUCAAGUACAAGCUUGGAUGAUAGCUUCAGUAAUCUAAAUGUUUGCGAGGAGAAUCACAAACCUGCCAAUGAUGCAUCAUUGGAGGUCAAACAUGUAAAUCUGGUCCACGCUAAAGAAUUCACUAGCACAAAUUCUGUUGCUUCAGAUGUCACAGAUUCUGCCAAAACAAGGUUGGAUGUACCUAGUAGUCCUGUUGCAGUUCCAGCAGAUAUGGGUUCUCAGAACACACUUGUUAAUAGGACUGCUAAGGAAUCUAAGCUCAAUCCAAGUGCAAAAGUUUUCUCCCCUUCUUUUCCAAACUUGAGAUCUACACCACCUUUAGUGCAAACAGCUCCAAGUGUUGCUUAUGUAACUAAUAGCAUUCCCGCAGCAGAGGUAGCUGGUGCACAGCCAGAAGUGGAAAUGCAACCCAUUGUUCCACGUACAUCUUGGCCUGUUAAGUUUUUUCCUUAUGUUACUUCAACCGCUGUGACUGCUGAAAAUGGUCUUCAAUAUACUCAACCUGUUGCUAGUCAUAUUGUAACAAGAGCACCACCUAUUAGACAUGUUGCACAAUACCAACCGAUUCAAGCUGUGCCACCAUAUGUACAUCAUAGUCCUCAAAAUGGCAUAUUUGCAAGGCCUGGACAGCUUGUAUAUGUACAUCCAGUAACUCAUGAUGUGAUUCAGGCUCCUGUAGCUCUCUCACAGGCUCCUCAUCCCUAUAUGACCCCACAUCCGAUCCAUGUUGGUGUUGCCAAAAACGAAGCUAUAGUAGCUGAUCAAGCAAUGCCAGUCUCGAUGACUCCACCUUUAGUGGCCAAUGGAGCGCAGCCAUUUACUAGUCAUAUCCAACCGCUUUUCUCUUCCAUGCAUCCUGUUCCGAUUUUAGGUCCGAAAUUUCCGUAAACAAGUUUCCUCGAUAGAUAAUACCGUUUGGUUUUCUCUUCUCAUUUCCUUGUUUUCUGGCGUGGAAGAUUUUCAUCAACAGAAAUGAAAUUUUGGCGUAUAGAGUAAUAGGUUUCCGUGAAGGUAGGUUUUGAUCUGUUAAAAGCAGAGUUUGAUGGAAGUAUAUCUCUACCCAUGUAUUAGAAGAGGGAGGGGUCAUAUUGUAUUACAACAUUUAUGUUAGGAUCUUCACUUUGCAUACUCCAAUCAUUCAAUUGGUUUAUUCCUGAAUGAUACAUAUAUCAGCUUACUUGUUCAUGCUGUGUUAUAUUCCAUUUAGGAAGGCUCUGUUUGGUUUGAGAGAUAGCACUUGUGAAAAAAAAAGAAUAGUUUUUGUUUGUUUGGUUUGGUGUGCAGGAAUUCAUAGAUGUGCGGAAUAUAAUAAUUUUUAAAUAUCUAUAAUUCAGAAAAACUUGUAUAUCAUAUUAUAUGAAUCAAUAAGAUGAGUAAAGAAUUAACAACCUUUGAUGCCUAACUUACACGGCAAUGUGAGAGUUGAAUACUGCAAACUAUUGACCCAGAGAUUAAUAUCGAAUUAGAUACCUCUGAUCAAUCUACUUAAAUAUAAAUCAAUAGUGUGUUAGCAUUGAGAAAAACAAUAAAAUAAGAAACAUCUUUUCAUUUUCUAUUUUCUCUUUCAAUUAGUCUCUUAAUACUAACUAUUUAUAAUAAAGGUCAAAACCCUAAUUGAAAACAAAUUAUAAUAUUUGA